CUCUGCCUUGUUCAAUAUUAUGGCGUAUAGAACGACUGACCGCAAGACGCAGCUAGCACCCACCAAUUCCGAUAUAAUCGCCGCAAUAACAACGCUGACAGCGCCUUCAAGGUACUUUACUCACCUUUAACGCCCGAGAGAGUCGGUUAUUAGGCGCUCAUCCUUGAUGUGCUCUGCCAAUCAUUCACACUGCCCUCAGACGGGCAAACAUCACCGAAGGUGAAAGGAGGGUUCGUAAGUCCGUGUGAAAGUGACCGUUCCUUUCUUACCUCUCCCUCAGCGAUCAAUCGAGAUGGUCCGGCCGGGUCUAGCUCGACGGCAUGUUCCGUGUCAAUAGUGUCGCAGGAGGAAGGCACGCAAGCUUGGGCAAGAACGAAGCUCGCACUGUAAACACAACUCCGCUUUGCCGUCCAAACAAGCGUUUCUACCGGACACCCAAUAUCGACAUCACAGCACAAAGCAAGGCAGCUCACUCGACCAGACUCGACUCACGGUGAUGUGCUUCCAAGGCUUCGUCUACUUCGCCUGCGGGCACUCACGGAUCGUAUAUAAUGACUGUGCGGUCGCGACAACAACCGGCCUCCCGUACUUCAACCGCACCCUCUGCCCUAAUUACACUAUCGAUCACCAGCAGGCUCCCAACCCGUGCGGUCUCGGCGGCUUCUACUGUAGUCAUGACCAAGCCGGCACGCUGUUCGACCAGUACUAUGCCCAGUUCAGGGCCGCGGAGAACUCCCUACGCAACGCAGACAUGGUGCUGGCUAACAUCAGGUCCAAAGUUCCGCGGCUGCGGCAGGAGGUGCAACGAAGCGGCAUGACUCCUAAGCAGCUCAGGGCUCAUCAUAGCGUGAUCACCUUUACAAACCAGCUGAACCGCAGUACCCAGCAGCAAGCUGCAGCACUUAGGGCGAUCGCUGCAGCUCAGAAGAUCCUGCUGCAGGGUAUAGCCUACUACCAGCUCCGCGCUCAAUGGGUGCAGAACGGCGGCAACCCAGCCAAUUUCCUACCGUUCGUCCCAAGCGUCGAGUACGGUCAGGUACCCACCCAACCGCGCGAUAGGAUGUACCUACCUGGUACUCAAGCUCCGGCGGCGCCCAAUCUGAUCGCGUCUGAGAACACUUCAAGUCAGCCGACUCAGCAGGCGCUGAUCCCCAUAACCCGCUAUCCACUCAGCCCAGACCGUUCAGAUGAGCUUGCGGCACCAACAUAUAAUACUCCCAUUCUUCCCAAUCCCUACCCAGUCCCGGCUUCCUUCCCACCCUCUUCAGGCGAUCCACCACCCAUGCAGCCGCCAGUCCUGCCGGCCAACAGAGACGGACGCCGCCGCAAAGCCCGGACGCCUGCACCACUAAGAAAGGACAGCGUCAUCGAGCUAGAAGACAGUGUGAGACGCAGCACGCGUGUCAGAGGCAAGAGAGUCAGCUAUGCUGAGAGCUCCGACUCUGCAUCGCGCGAGGCUUCACCCAUCAAGUCUGACAUCACAGGCUUCACGCCCGAGAGAUCUGAAGCAUCCAGCUCACCGCCGAAGAAGGGUCGCCCGCGUAAAAAGGCGAAGAUGGAGGAGGUCAUGGACCCGUUCACAUUGUCGACCUCGCUGGGUCAGAAGAUGGCCGACUGGAGCAAGCGUGGCGGCGGUCCAACCAAAACACCUUCGCCACUCGCUCACGGUCCUCUGUUCGGUCUCGGAGAGCUCAGCCAGGUCACUUCUCUGCGUACACAGGGUCCAUCGCUGGGUGAAGUAGCAGUCUCGCUGCGUGCAAGAAGGUCUGCUGACUUCAAGGCAUAGGAUUGGACACGACGCCUUUCUCAGACAUGCCGACAUUGCAGCCGACUCAGGGAAACCAGGAUGAGCUUGGCAGGGCGAUGAGAAUGGCAGCGAUACCUUAUAGUAAGUCAGAUUGA